AAAACAGCGACAUUAUAAAUACAAGUUACGGCCAGCCGCGCCUGAGUGUGUGAGUGGACGCCAUAGACAGCGCCGAGACCGGGAAAUUUUGACGUUUGCAUUCGGAAAAUCUGCCGCCAUGUUCGUUUUGAAGACACUACUAUUCGCUGCUGUAUGCGCCUGCGCGUCAUCACAACAAGGGCCAACCACGACUCCUGUUCCUAUCUUAAAGCAGAUAAACAGGCAGAAUGAUGAUGGCUCCUACAGCUUUGGUUAUGAAGCAGCAGAUGGGUCCUUCAAGAUUGAAACGAAGUACCCGAAUGGAGAUGUUGCAGGGAAAUAUGGAUAUGUGGAUGAAACCGGCAAAACUAGAGAAGUGUCAUAUGGAGCUAGCAGUCAGAGAGGAUUUGAACCAGAAGGCACGGGCAUAAUGGUUCCACCACCAACACUUAACGAUCCGUCAAGCCACAACGCCUUAACCGACGGCCAAGAAGACGAUGGCCAGUACCGUGAGGACCCCAAAAUAUACGAAGACCCCAAAUACAACGGCCGAACACAAAACCGACCAGCUUCCUUCAGGCAAUACCAGAAAUCAGUAGAGCAACCGCAACCGCAACCACAGACUUACCAACAGCAACAGACUUACCAACAGCAACAGUCAUACCAACAGCCACAGACAUACCAACAGCCACAGACUUACCAACAGCCACAGACUUACCAACAACAGCAGGACUUUCAACAGCCUCAGUACCAGCCACAGAAUUACCAAUCCAACUUCCAGUUCCAAUCUUCACCUCAACCUUCAAACCUCUUCUCCCAGCAAACGAAGCUUGACGUGCAGUCACCGCAAACCUUUCCACAAAGCCAGGUCUAUCACCAGCAGCCCCAAUUCUCCUACCAGGCAUACACCCCACAACCUUACCAGAACUACCAAAGCCAGAACUUACAGAACCAGAACUUCAACCCAUUCUCCGGACAUCCAGCUCAAAACUUUGACCCCAGUACUGGGUCAUACUCUAUUAACUUCACUGGUUAAGCUAUUAAUUACUAUGGAGAUUUAAGUCAAGACUUCUUUCGUUUAUAGUACAUAAAAUAUGUCAGCAGAUUUAUGUACUAAGAACAAUAAGUUGCUUCACUUAAAGUAGGAUAUAUCUGCGCUUUAAGAAAAUAAAAUCAUACAAUUAUACAUUGUUUAAUUGUAUGCUAAGCAAAAGAGACAAAUAAUGAAUAU